GGGUCACCCAGCCCCACCCAAGGGGCUGAGGAAGUAUCAUUUCCAUCUUCUCCAGCCCACCACACACCACCUUGCCCCUCUGCUGGUGAGAGGGAGCCUGAAUCAUCCUCUCAACAUUUGUUCUACCCAACUGAUUAAGACCCAGCUGAAGAGAAAUUGAAAAUCUCUUUGCCCCGAAGUACCACAGUGAAUGAGCAAUCCCUCUCAACUGAUUCACAAUGUAUGCCUCACCCAGGAGGGAACAGUGACUUAGCAUAUGUGGGUUAGUCCCAACUCUUGGCUUUGUGAUACCACACAUGGUGAGGUGAGGUGCACACAUAUCCCUGUGGGAGUCAUCCUGAAAUGAUGGAACUCCCGAAGGGCUCCUCUGGCCAGCGGACAUUUGUAUCUGCCGUCCUCAGUGUGCUAUCACUCAGCCUCUCCACAAUAUCCCUGCUCAGCAGCUACUGGUUUGUGGGGUCACAGAAGGUGCCCAAGCCCCUGUGCGGAAAAGGUCGGGCGACCAAGUGCUCUGACGUGCCACUGUCCCUGGAGGGUGGCGUCUCCAACACAUCCACCCCAGAGGUGGUACGAUACAGCUGGGAGACUGGGGAUGACCGCUUCUCCUUCCUUACCUUCCGAAGUGGCAUGUGGCUAUCCUGUGAGGAAAUCAUGGAAGAGCCAGGGGAGAGGUGCCGAAGUUUCCUUGAACUCACACCACCAGCCGAGAGAGGUGAGAAAGGACUACUGGAAUUUCCCACGUUGCAAGGCCUGUGUCACCCCGCUCUCCGAUUUGGAGGGUUGACGGAGAACGCUUUCCUCCCCCGCCUUCCCUUGGGGCUCGUGGCAAAGAUCCUCUGGCUAUCGCUGGGAGCCCAGAUCACCUACAUUGGACUUCAGUUCAUCACCUUCCUCCUGCUACGGACGGACUUGCUGCUCACAGGGAACCCAGGCUUAAGGCUCAAGCAGAGCGCUUUCGUGGCCAUUUCCUCCCUAUCAGGCCUCUUGGGGAUGGUGGCCCACAUGAUGUAUUCCCAAGUCUUCCAGGCCACUGCCAACUUGGGUCCAGAAGACUGGAGACCUCAUGCCUGGAAUUAUGGUUGGGCCUUCUACAUGGCCUGGGUUUCCUUCACCUGCUGCAUGGCAUUGGCUGUCACUACCUUCAAAGUGUACACCAGGAUGAUGCUGGAGUUCAAGUGCAGGCAUAGUAAGAGCUUCAAAGAAAACCCGAGUUGCAUGCCCGAUCACCACCAGUGUUUCCUCCAGCAGCUAUCAUGUGCUGCCUGCCCAGGGGUUCCUUUGAGCAGCUACCACCAGUACCACAAUCGGCCUGUCCAUUCUGUCUCAGAAAGUGUCGACUUUUACUCAGCAGUACAAGACAAGGCAUUUCAGCAAGGGACCAGCCCAAAGCUGAAAGAAGUGGCUGAGUCAUCUGUAAAGGAAGGGCAGUGCUAAGAGUUAAGUGGGUUUGAAGAGCAGGUUGAGCCCUACCUUACAUGUUUGCUUGUUAUCAAUAGCUGCUUAAGCCAAA